AUGCAUCUCGGUCACGUCCCGGAGCGCGAAUCUUCCGGACGGCCAGAAAUGGAGGCUAUCUUUAUUGACCCCGAUGUCAGCGACGGAAUCAAGGAGAACAGCAUAUCUGAAGCGAGGAUGAUUCGAUAUGUACUCGUCGCACUUCUGGAUUAUACCCGUCGUGACGUGGUGGAGAAGGUGAGGUUAAAGGAGCACUCGGCACAUGCGCUGGAGACCACGUACGCGUACCACAGAGGCCCACUAGGGGGUCUGCGUCUCCUCGUAGUACGACACCGGCUCACACUGUCGAGCAGCUGGUUCCCCACAGCAACGCCUGGAGGUGUGUUUGGUCCUCAAGGGGAAUCAGGCUCUGAGCCCGAAGACGACAGCCAGAUGAAGUUUUACACAGAACAGCACAGAGGACGAAGGCGCAGCAAAGGCCUCCCGCACAGUCCUCUAAAUAAGGUCACCCUGACGUUGAUAACCAUCAGCACAUGUGUCAUUGCCAUUGUCUACGCCACGCAGGAGUCCUGCCCCCUGACUGUCAAGGUUACCCUCCAUGUGCCUGAGCAUUUUGUUGCAGAUGGAAGUAGUUUUGUGGUAAGCAUGGGCAGCUUCCUGGAUGUUUCUAAUUGGCUAAACCCAGCCAAGCUAACUCUCUACUAUCAGACCAAUUCGUCCACACAGUGGGUGCUGGACUACUGCGGCCAGAGGACUACCGAGCCGUGCGAGCAGAUUUGUGAUCAGGACACAGGAGAAUGCAGCUGUCAUGAGGGUUAUUCCCCUGAUCCUGUCCAUAAACACCUCUGUGUUCGCAGCGAUUGGGGUCGAAACGAAGGUCCUUGGCCGUACGCUGACCUGGAGAAGGGCUAUGACCUAGUUACAGGGGAGCAGGCCCCAGAGAGGAUCUUCAGAUCAUUCUACAGUAUGGGCCAAGGGCUGUGGCUGCCAGUCAGCAAGAGCUUUGUGGUGCCACCAGUGGAGCUGUCAAUCAACCCCAUCGCCAGCUGUAAGACAGACGUGCUGGUUACUGAAGACCCAGGAGAGGUCAGGGAAGAGGCCAUGAUGUCUACUUACUUUGAGACAGUAGAAGACCUACUGGAGUCUUUUGGGCCUGUCCGUGACUGCUCCAAAGACAACGGUGGUUGUAAGAAGAACUUCAAGUGUGUGACUGAACGACAGACAGACUCAUCUGGCUGCAUGUGUCCUGAGGGGCUGAGGCCAAUGAAGGAUGGCUCAGGUUGCUAUGACUACUCUAGGGGCAUUGACUGCACGGAUGGCUUCAACGGAGGCUGUGAACAGCUGUGUCUCCAGCAGCUCGUGCCCCUUGAAGAUGACCCUAGCUCAAGCAACGUGCUCAUGUUUUGCGGGUGUGUUCAGGAGUACAAACUGUCAGGGGAGGGGCGCUCCUGCCUCCUGCUGUCAGACAACUGUGAGGGACCAAAGUGCCCCCGACAGGAUGUCCACUUCAAUGACACCCUGUUUGGUGAGAUGCUGCAUGGAUACAACAACAAAACCCAGCAAGUCAACUUGGGACAGAUAUUCCAAAUGACCUUCAGGGACAAAACUGCUUCUGAUAGGCGCUCUCUGCUAACUCCUCAUCACCGCUCACCUCCCAAACUAAGAUGA